AUGGGCGGAAUAAAGGGUGACGUCUUUUUUUCUCAGCCUCAAGUUAACGGCCCCACAAGUGUUAUUGUCAACUUAACUGGCGUCAACGAAACUCUGAUGUGGAGCAUUAAAGAGCUGCCAAUGAUCUACGAUGGUAAUGCGGCCCUCAGCUGUAACUCAAGCGCAGUGGGAGCAGUGUUUGAUCCUGAGAUGGCCAUGAAAGCUGCAGACUACGCCACCCAGUGUAGGUUUGGCAGUAUUUCAAGAUUUGAGGCCUGCGCAGUUGGAGACUUGGGGAAAAUGCUUGGAGACAUAACACCGAGUAAUGCAGAAAUGAAUCACACAGAUCAGAACUUGGUCAUUCCAACUAGAGGACCUCACAGCAUUAUGGGUAGGACACUUGUCCUUUACAGCGGCGACACUCCCAAAGCAUGCGCACUAAUACGUCCUAAUCAACACAUGAUAACAACUGCUGUAGCCGUUUUCAAGGCUCCAGUUGCGGGAUAUGUCUAUUUGAGACAAGCGAAUCAGAACUCGGAUACUUCUAUUUUUGUUGAUCUCUUUUUUGUCAACGAUGCACAAUCAUCCAACCAGUUUACUUGGCAAAUAAACCAAGGAGUGGUCGACGUUGACUCCUCAGACCAAACAACCUACUGCAAGACACUGGGCGAGAGUUUCAACCCUACAGACAGCAAUGGUGAAAACUGUAACCAGACCAUGCAUGACAAUUGUCCCAUUGGUGACCUGUCUUCCAAGCAUGGAGAUGUCACAGUUUCCUUGGCAACCCCAACGCAAUCACAAAGUAAAGUGGCCUUCACCGACACUAACUUGCCCUUAAGUGGCGCUAACUCUGUUAUCGGUGAAACGAUAGUUUUGUUUUCAGUAAGCGAGCCAGGAAAGCCAGUUGCCUGCGCAAAGAUCAUGACUCUGAAACGAAAGGAGUUUGAAGUUUCUUUUGAGGUUUCCGUCAAUGAUGGUGUAGGUGGAUCUAUCAAGUUUACUCAGGCAUCUCCCUUUGAUCCCACAACAAGUGUAUUCAGGCUAAGUGGUCUCGCCAAGAAAGCUGAAGGGUAUCACAUACACGCUUAUCCAAGCCCCGAGUACAAGGAUUUGUCCGCAAAGGAUUCGUGUUCUGGACUUAUUGCAGGAGAUCACUGGAAUCCAUUCAACAUCAAUAUCAAGACCAGCCCUCCUGCAGGCACAGGUAAUUACAGUGUAGCUUCUUUUUUAUUUUAAACUAGCUUUUGUAAGUCAAUACUUAAUCAAGAAAAAAAUCAACGAGAAUAUAUAAAAUGAUGACCAAAUGGAACUCAAAAUGCUCUGAUCUUUUUACGAAUUUUCUCCGUAAGUUCUUUAAGGAAGUAUCCUGGUAUGGAGAUCGGUUUGGAGAACUGGAUAUUGAGACUUCAAGGGUUAACGUAGACUUUCUCAAAGUCCUUCGCUUCUCAUUUCCGGUUUCAUGUAAUUGGCCCCCGCGCGAAGGACUUUUGUCCCCUGCUAGCGCGCCAAAUUUACAGGAGGAAUUUUCCUCCUGUAGGUUUUAUCCAAUCACGAACGGUUUUACUAAUGCGUCGUCAAUCAAACCCGAUAACGCCACAUGAAACGUGUCUUGAACUGUUUUGAUCCAAAUUCAAAUUGAACUGUGUAUGUUUUUCGGGAUGUAUUUCGAUUUCGUUUUAUCGCCUGUAUUCAAAUACAAAGCUUUAGUGGGCGUUUUAUCUUCCUCCAUUGAGUACUUUACCAAGGUCGGAUUUUCCUGGCAACCACUUAGCGAAAAAACAUUACCGACUUGUUUCGUUUUGAGGGCGCUCACUACAAAGGUUUUAUUUUUUAUGCUUUCUUUCAUGCGAAUGCAAACCUCGCAACGAGCCCGAAACGUCUGGAAACUGAUCUCACAAAUAUCCCAAGACGGCACUUUUGUUCAUUGCUCGCUUUUGCGGCAGAAAACAUAAAAAUCUACCGCUCGCGCUUCGCGCUCGUGACAAAAUUUGAGCUCUACUUGUAGGCAAGUCUAGGGUUAACACUGUUGCGACUUCUGUUUCGUGCUACACAUCCUAUGCACGUUUUGCAAAGUAUCACGGAAAUUAUCACAAAUGUCCGUGCCAGCUUUCGCGGGAAUGUUAAAGUUACGCUCACUGAUGCAUGCCAAAAAAUUGCCUCUGAAUAGCAAGGGAAACGCUAAGUUCAUUCCUCAAGGUUUAGGUAAAUUAUGAUCAACGCUUUUUACUAAGCGAUUUCCCCAAACAGCACCGUCAAACCUGAAAACCUUGGACUUCAAUUCGGAAAAAUUAAGGAAUCCUUCAAUUCGAAAUUUAAGAUUCCAAAAAGGCCACAACGUGUGUAACAGAGAUUGGGCAUUCAUUUGAUACCGUAUGCAUUGUACAAUAAAAAUCUGUAUCUUGAACAACCAUGUCUAGUUUACCAACCCUCCUGGUUUUCAUGCUACCUAUUGACAUAAAUAUUGCCUCAUACAUCUUAUUUUGUAUCUCAAAGAUCUCUAAGUCAACGGAAUUUUUUAACCCUUUAAGCCCUAAGAGUGGUCAGCAUGAAAUUUCUCCUUAUAAUAUCAAUGCUUUAGAAAACAGAGUGGUGAUGAGAAUUGAGUACAUGAUCAGGGAAGUCUAAUUGAUACUUCAACAAAUUCUCCCCACUACUUCUAUUGAAAACGUAUAGGGACAACAAAUGCCAAUAACAAUUUUAGUAUGAGGGUUAAAAGGGUUGAGAAGCCAUAGCUGAGACGACAUUGCGGAGAACGGCACAGCCAUCCCUUACCAAAUCCAACACUGUUUUGAAUGUAUUUUUAAGCUAUUUUUGAAAACUGUUUUUAACCUGUUUUGUGAAAUAGGUUUUAAAUAGGGUAAAAAGUGUAUUUUUAAUGUAUUUUUCGACUGCUUUUAAAGGUGUUUUAACCUGUUUAAAACGCUAUUAAAAAAGAAUUUUUAAAGUAUUUUAAAAUGCUUUUAAAAUAUAUAAAAAAUUCCAGGGCUUUUGCAAGGCUCAAAACAGGUCAAAAACAGUUUUUAAAUACCUUAUAAAUCGGAAUAAAAACAGGAUAAAAACAGUUUCAAAAACAUAUUUUAAUUUACUAUACUAUUUUAAAACUAUUUUUAAUGGCAAUUUUAAACGUAUUUUGAAAAAAACAGGUUUAAAAUAGGUACAAAAAUAUAUUUUUGAUAUAUUUUUCGACUGAUUUUAAAGGUGUUUUAACCUGUUUAAAACGCUAUUAAAAUGUUAUGCUUCAAAAUAUAUUUUAAUAGCUGUUUAAUCGGUUUCGAAAUUUAGUAAAAUACUCGUAUUUGCAAAUACAAUAAAAAUACUUUGAAAACAGUAUUAAAAUACCACAGAAGAAGAAAAGCAAUAGCACACAUAUAUUAUGAAUUAAAUACAUCAAAAAUAGGAUGCAAAAAUGCAAAAACAGUAUAAAAUUGUAAGAACAUAGCCUUAGAGUUGUCUGAAAACAGUAUAAAAAUCGGUCGAAAGAGCAUAAAAAUAGUACAAAAACAGGAUGGAAAUACCAUUUAAAUUCAUGAAACUAGGUAUACCUAUCGAUAGAGUGCCAACGAGCAAAUCAUGCGUAUUUUGCUUAGGAAUAAAAUUCCUUUUUUUUCCCAUCUGACCGUUUCUUGGUCCCUUCCUGUUGCAAGGAUUAUUUUCUUGAAAAGUUCUCAGAUUCAGUCUGGUGGCUUUACAAACCUGCUAUGUAAAAGUGUGAAGUGCCUUGAAAGAAUAAAGUCAGCUUUGCAGAGGAAGCGAUCGGGAAUAUUAUUAAGUCCAGCUACAAAUCUACUGUCUGUUCGGUUUCACAUUGUUGAUAAAUAUUUGCACAGUUUAAUCAUUUAAACCUCCUUUCAAAUUUCCCGAGACUUUUUGAUAUCGGAUUGAAACUUAGAAUGAUUCGCUGGGCCAUCUGAAAUGUUUCCAAGGACAUGCGAUGUACGGCACGUCGGUAUUUAAUUUUAGUUCAUUAUUUUUAUACUGAACUCGGCCAGGUUUCCAAAAAAAAUGGCGUUGUUUUCUUUUCCUUUGUCGUUCGCUUUAGGCUUGUAAUUCGUUUUUGUUCUCAUUGUUUUUGUUUGCUGGUUAGAUUUUUUCCCCAACACCAGACUUUCCAACAGAAGCGACUGCAUUCUUCGUGUCAAGCUUUCCUUAUCUCCUCGUGUAAUCCGAUCCUUUUUAGUGGUGAGAAUAUUGCUUCAGGGGCACCCAACGAGGAUAUAGUUCAAAACCACUUAACAUAGCAUUGUUGAACGUAGUUUAGUAUUGAAACAGUAGAUAUAGGCAUAUUUUUAUCCCCUAAAAGCUUUUCAUCUGUUCAGAUUUCCUAGCUGAAAGUCUAGUGAUCCGAAAAUUAUAGGGAUAAAAACUUACCUUCCCGAAAACUUCAGCCAGGAAAAGGCUCCCGAAAAUUCUAGGUGGCCUUUUUUAGGGUCAAAAUCCCUUAUAAAUGGGUAAUUAUACCAUUUUGUAGAUGUUCGAAAAUCCUAGGAGAGGCAGGCAAGCAAGAAAUUUUACAACAAAUGCUCCGAAAAUUCUAGAUCUCAAAUCGUCUUCCGGACAGAUAUUUUCCCGAAAAUUGCCGUUGGGUGCUCCUGUUGCUUGCUGCACAUAGAACACUUUUGCUGUUUAACAAACUUCUCUUCGUUAAAACUUAACAUUAUGGCCCCUAAAAUUAACAGAAUAUAUCAAGUGCUCAUGUCUCUUGACUGCAGUGGCCGGGUUUGACGAAAAAAUUUAGGUAAACACAGGAGGUCACGACGGCUGGAAGUGUGUGAAAUUUUGUUUGUUAUUCAAUUUGAGCCCGUGCGCCAGGUAGUGCCUUUUGAUUGGUUCACAACUGACCACUUGGUCUCAGGGGAAUCUACAUUACAUUGGGUUACACUUUUUUCAGCUCGAUCGAGAAUUUUUCUGCCUAUUGCCCAGUCUUACGCGGCUCUAUUCUGCUGCCGCCUCGCCAUCCGAGCGUCUUCGCUCGGAUGGCUCGUUGGCAAUAAAAUGAAUACAAAACCGUCGAAAAUUACCCUGAAAAAGCAAGAUUUACCUCGGCGAAAUCUCUCCACACAGUCCUAGGCUAGGACUUCAAGAGAAUUAUCUCUUAGCCGAUUACUUUACGUUGAUUUCCCUAAGAAUUCUCGGGAAAUUCUUAUGGAAUUUUUCAGAAAUGCUCAAAUCAAUCUUUAGCCUGUGUACAGACCCCUUCCCUCAAUAAAACUCGGAGGGGAGGGGUGGGGGGUCUGUACACAGGCUAUCAACCUUUGGCUUCAAAAGGGUAUAACGUCGUUACUGACGUUACCGGUAAAUAUCAGUAAAUAUUAAUCUACAUGCAUGUAACUUACAUUGUUUAUUAUAUUCACGGCUUUACUCAAAUAUCAUCAGAAGCUUAAUGCAGGCUAGGCCUGAACAUUAAUUAGUGGCUGAUAAUUAAAGAACAGCAUACGAAUAAAUUUACGCGAGAAUGAAAGAGGCCGGUGACGUGACAUCAAGUGACCGAGAUCAUUUAUACAAAACAGCGAGUCUCUGCAAGGAAUCCUGUAAAAAGUAAAAUUGCCGUACGGGCGCGACUAUAUAAACGUUUACUACCCUUCAUUUGUUUCUCAUAUGGCGUAUAUCUAAGCGUCUUAGUAACAUUGUAUAUUUAAUACUUACAAUUAGACUGUUGGACUCUUCUCCUGAACCAGAACCUUUCAAAGUACAUAACAGUCGCUGAGGAGUCAUAACCAUUUUUGAUUCGUGAUAAAAGCAACAUCUACGUGUUCCGACAAUCCGAAGAGUUGGAGUGUACUUUUGUAAGAUCGUAACAAACAGUAAAAUCAAGCACAUUUAAGCUCACAGCAACCGUCCGGGAGCAACCGCCGGUUUAGGCUCGAUUUCCGCCGUCUCCCGGGUCCGGUCUUUGAUCCUCCCCGGGGGAUGAGUGCGGGCUCAUUUUCCCGAACAGCGGCUGGUAAUCGAGCCUACCGCCGGUUCAAUAAUUUGAAAUGAGCAAAGGACAAAGGACGGUUUGCUUAUCACGUGCAUUUGUCACAUCACCGCGGCGCGAAGUCGUGAUUUCAGUCGCGCGUGACAUCUCAAAAAUAAUAUGCCAUGCAUGUGCGGAAUAGUCUAUGAGAGAAAGAUAACCAUAUGUCGGAGUUUAUUCAGAUCUGAGCGUUGUUUCUUAGUGCAAUAUAUACGAGGUGAGAUCUUAGCUUGGAUAGUUUGUUUUAAUUAUUAUGAAAUUUCAAGGACUUAUUUUAGACAAAUCUCAAUUGACCGCGUGCAUCCGGUUCUCGGCCCGCGGCUUCGGCUGUUUGCGAAAAAUUUCUACAUGAAAAUUAAAAUGUGAUUUUAAGAAUUUUCUUUUAAAAAAACUUAUGGAAUGUCCCGUAGCUGCAUUAAUUGAAUCACGGCUAAAAUCUAGGCGAAGAUUUUCGCAGAGAGCUUGCAGGUAAUGAACAUUGAGGAACGGAUUGAUCCUUUAUCGGCACACUGUCACAGUUACGUGUUGUCAGUCAAAGCUAAAAUCUAUUCCUAAUUUUCUUCUCUUUUUUCAAUUUCUUUUUGAUUUGCUGGGAGAUUUAAUUUUUGGCUCCGCCUCGAACUUUAUUGAGAGAAGAAUCCGGUCCACAAUAUGACAGCCUGUUUUGAGUCAUUUAUGAGUUCGUGACACGAUGAAGGCUUAAAAAUUAACUUUGUGCAAUUGUUACUUUUAUAGUCUGAGUAUAAGUAUCCCAAAAUACAUUACAAUAUUGCACCUCAAUAAUAAUAAGUAAUAAGUACCCUAUUUUAAAGUAUUUAAAAUAAGGUCAGCAUUUGAUGUCUUUCAGCACACUUUAAAUAUUUUAUGUACAAUCUGUUUUUAUAGUCAGAGUGUUGUGUGCCCAAAAUACAAUUCAAAUAGACCUCAAAACAGUGUUUAAGUACCCUAUUUAAAAGUAUUUGAAAUGCGGUCAGUAGUUAAGGACUUAAAACAUAUUUCAAAUAGUCUAUUUGAACUCUGUUUGUAACUUUGUGAGUGGAUGCGUCUCAAAAUACAUUUUCGAUACAACUCAAAACAGUGUUAAAGUACCCUAUUUAAAAGUAUUUAAGAUACGGUCAGCAUUUAGGCUCUCAAAACAUAUUUUAAAUAGUCUAUUUGAAUUAUGUUUGUAACUUUGUGAGUGGAUGCGCCUCAAAAUACAUUGUAGAUACAACUCAAAACAGUGUUAAAGCACCCUAUUUAAAAGUAUUUAAAAAACAGUCGCAUUUAAGCCCUUAAAACAUAUUUCAAAUAGUCUAUUUGAACUCUGUUUGUAACAGUGUUAGUGGUUCUAUGCCCAAAAUACAUUUGAAAUACCCUAUUUUAAUCAUAUUUAUUAAACAAAAUACAUUGUAAAUUGAUGAGAGAGGUUUUCCUUUUGAUGAAAUAUAAUUUAACUACACUUAAGAUAUAUUCCAAACAGGGGCGAAAAUUUAAAUUUUUUUGUCAAAUAGGAUUAAAAUACAGGAAAAUAGUAUUCAAAUACUGAAAAUACAUUUUAAACACUUUGAAAUCAGUUUCAAAAUACAUAUGGUUUGGUAAGGGAUUGCUUUGCAUGCAUGGUAGCCUGAGAAAACACUAGAACCGACAUCUCAAGACGCCACCACUGGUUUCCUCGCGAAUUAAAAGGGAGCUUAAGUAACGACGGCGGCGACGGCAACAAGAACGGCAAGAAAGCAAUAGGUUUGGAUCGGCAAAAUAACAACUUUGCACGUGCAUCACACUUUUUUGUCAUUUCUUAACCGUCGUUGCACGACUACAACGUGAAAGUGCCUUAAAUUUCACGUUUUGUCGAGGACGGAAACACAAGACAUACAACAACUUUCUUUUUCUUUUCCUGAACUUUGAUACAGUCCUUUAGAAUUCAACUCCAGAAAAAAUUGCCAACAUUUGACGAAUUAAACGAGUUGGAAUAAGCGCGAAAAAGUUUGAAGCAGCGCGAAUUCACUUUUUAAAUAACGUUUUCGUAGCCGUCACCGUCGUUGUUGCUUAAACUCCCUCUUACGUCUGAGAAACGACUGCAGAUCGAGAUUCCAUACUGAUGAAACAUUUCGAAAGCCAACUGUUUGUUUGAUUGGUUCUGCCCGGCGUUGCUGGGCGGGCGUUGCUGCUCUUGCUUUACGUUCAAAAUCCUUGUUACUUGCGAAUGAGAAUUUCAACUUAUGAAAUGAAAUGAAAUAACUGUAAAGAUCACAUAUUAUGUUUCGUCUUCUAAGACGUGCAAACAGCGAUUUUUCACCUUGUGAAAACUCAACAGAUAGGCUACUACACCAUUUUGUCUAUUUUCUAGGAACGGACGAUGAAUAUGAAAUCGGCGACUUGAGUGGAAAAUACGGAUCCUUUUUGAACCUUACAGACUACAGCGAACGGCACGAGGAUUAUAACCUGCCACUGUUUGGAAGGUACAGCAUCCAGGGCCGUUCGCUUGUUAUCCAUAAACUGAAAAAAGACGGAAACAAGCGAUGGGUUUGUAACAAUCUCAUGCCAGUAAAUGAUGCAGGUACUUUGUAUUUCAUGAAAGCUAGUGCAAAUUUUACUGGACCGACACUGUCAGGAAUGAUUCUAAUGGUGAGUUGACAUAACAAUGACUUCACAUGUAUCUGUAGCAUUGUAAACCAUUAUUUCAAACACUCCAUUCUGGCACUACUAGGGAGCGAUGGUAACGAAGACGGCGACAGCAACGAAAAAAUAAAAUACUUUUGAUAGGCAAAAGAACAUUUUUUUGUCACUAGUAGCAAACUUUCUGGUACUUUUCUUUGCUCCCAUUACAUGUAACUCCGGAAAACCGAUGUUAAAGUGCCUUAGCCCCUGUUAUAUGGCAAAGGGGGUGGCCCUCUCAGCCGAGUAAACUUUAGCGCGCGUUCAUAUGAGAAAAUAUUCAAUCCUUUUGCCCGAGACAAGAGCACUCGCGCAUGCUCUGAUUGUCUCGCCUUGACCGAGCCGACCCGGCUGGGAGAGCCAAAUUGUUUAUAUAGGGAAAAGUUACCCUCCCUAACAUUAGAAAAUGGUGACCGCUACGCUAGUCAGAGUACAUUCAGGCGUUUCUGGAGGAAAUGGAGAUCAUUUGGUGUCCGUUUAAGAUAGUUUUUUUUUAAAGAUAAUUUCAUUUGACUACUUAUUUCUCGCUCUUUUCACUCCAGAUAAAUUUUACAGACUGCCGAGGAUAUACCGCUUGUUUGCGGACCGUCGGACCUCAUUGCGGCCAUGUCGGCUGACAAGAAUAAAAGCGUCUUUUUCGGCUAGGAACUAAACUCAUUUUCAUGCAAAUUCUGCGACAAAAAAUGUUUUAUUUUGUCAACUAAAAUGGCUACCUUGUAACUUGGGUGCACACCAAGAGUACCACAUCGGCCAGAACAUUGAACCCUUUAAUUCCCAAGAGUGAUCAACAUCAAUUUUCUCCAAACCGGAAGGGAAACGUUAUGACAACUGGAUAAAUGAGCAUCAAAGAAAAAGUGCUUUGAUCUUUAUCAAUUUCUCCCAACUAAUUCUCUAAGAAAAUGCAUGGAGACCAGUCUGGAGAAUUUGUAUGGGGAUAUUGCGGCAUAAAUGGUUAACACGAGAACAUUAAACGCCUGAAUCAGUGUUCUGACUAAGAGUUUUAUGUGGCUGAAAUGAACAUUGCUUAUCAUUUAUUCAAGUGAAGUGUAAAAUUUUCUUUUACUAGGAUCAGUACUUUUCAAGCGAGGGGAAUACUGCUGCUGUAGAGUCCACUAUUUUCGUUGAAAUCAUAAAUGCAACCCAAGCACCGGCCGUAAGUUAUUCUACAUUGUUAUGCAGAUAGUCGUUAAUUAUGCCUAUAUCUCUAUGCGUUUUGUCCUCGUUCGUACAAUGAAACGGUCAAAAACGAAGGUUUUCGAAAGUGGAGGUUUAUGGCAACGGGGGUUUACGAGAACGCCGGGCAAGAUUUUUAUCGACGGUCGGCGGUAAAAAUUUUCAAAAAGGCUUGGAGAUACUAACAACACUUGCAUAACCCGGCUUCCUGAGUGACCAGAGAAAAUGCAAGAAAUGUACGUUCUAAAGCCAUUAUUUUAUUUUCUCUGAACUGAAUUUUUAAUUUGAAUUCGAAUUUGUUGUUUGCACUAUAAUCUUCUUCACUUUCGAAGUUCGAUUCUAGAAGCAAGUUAAAAAACGGAGUGAAUAGACCAGAGCAUAACUGGCCCUUUAACUGAAUUCGAGACUUAAUAACCAGCGGGUAACGACAACGCGCGAAAUUUAUGCGUUUUUGAUGUUAGUAUGGCAGCCUGUGCUAAAUAAUAAAGAGAAAGGAUCCGUAAGUUUUCCAGUCUGGGAUAUACUAACUGCAUUUUCUUCAUUCAUAACCUUCUCUCCUAUAUUGCCCGUCAACUAGUGUUAUUUUCUUUGUCAUCAGAUCGGUGACCAUACGUGGAACGUACGUAGCAAUCCUGUUGGUGACGAUGCGACUGCUGCUGAUUCCAGCAAGAGGUGCAAGAGUUUGGAUGGACAGUUUAAUCCCCAUAACGUUUUUACUGAGGUUAGGUUCCUGAAGCUGCCGGUAAAAAUAAAUUAAUUUACAACAAACCUUUCUUAACAUAAAGGGCUUUCACAGGAACUGAUAAUGAACAGUCGAACCUCCCGUAAGCAACCACCCAAAAUGCUUAUAUUUAGUGAUUGCGUACGAUAAUUGAAUCACAUUCAGAGAAAUGGUCCCGACACAUCUACUUUUUGGAAGAGAAAUUAAAUAUGCACUUUCUAAGUUAUGUAAACAUAUAGUUCAAUUCCAUGUUUUUGGCAUUGAAAGUUCAUCGUACACCUUAUGCAUCUCAGUGGCCGAUCCAGGGGAGGGGCCCGGGAGACCCGCCCCCACUUCUUUUUAGACCAAACAUAUUUUUUUUGGAGACCAGGGCCCGGUUGCAUAAAACGUCCGUAACAACUACGGGUACACGUACGGGCACCCGUAACUUAAGUCAGUUGCAUGAAAUCACUUAAGUGGUCCACUUAAGGAAUUCACCUAAGUGGUUGCGCUUACGAUUUUCGUAAGUGUUCACUUAAGUGUCGUUUGUGCAAAGGAAAUUGCGGGUGUUGCAUAAAACUUUUUUUACGGGAAAAAUAGCACGUAAAUUUACGGGACCUAUGUAGGUCCCGUAUCGUUACUGUUUUUACUAAAUUUAACGAGAUCUUUUACUGAGAAGUGAAAAAAACUAUUUUUCUUCACGUAAUUCGUUCUAAUGCGCUUUGUUAACCUCUGGUGUACACUUUUGUGAAAAAAGAAGAACUAUCAUUUUCAGUAGAUAUUGAAGGAAAAUAACGUUUGCAUGCAAAUUUCUUUUUUUAAGAGGCUUAAGAGUGUUCGAAACGACUUAAAACUUUCUUUACACUCACCGAUGGUUUGCUUAAAAAAAAGAGUGCGUCAUUAAUAAACUACUAUAUCAAAGUUACGUGUGCCUUUAGGUGAGCCUGUAAGUUACCACGUAAAACAGUAACUUACGAGAGUGCUAAGUGUGUUCCAUGCAACACCCGUAAGUGUACCCAUAACGGAUUCGUAAGUGACCUACUUAAGUGGGCACUUAAGUGUAGGUUUUAUGCAACCGGGCCCAGGCCCCACCCUUAUGGAUGAUCACCCCCCACCCCCUUAUCUGAAGGUCUAGAUCCACCACUGUAUCUUCUAUCGUGGUACAUAUAGCGAACAAAGAGACCAUACUAUGUGUCAAGUGGUCUCUCACAGAAGAGCAAAAACAAUGGAAAACUACGUAAUCGUCAGACCCGAAAAGAGGUCGUGGUCCGCUUACGAGAGGUGGUCGUUUUAGAGAAAUUCUAACUGUAGGGCGUUGACUGGGAAAAAUUUGGUGUCAGUUUUGGAUCCUGAGUGGUCGUGUUGGAGGGUGGUCGCUUACGAGAGGUGGUGGUCACAUAUGGAGGUUCGACUGUAUCAUGUUUUUUCACUUCUAUUGUUUGUUUCCUCUGGGCCUCAAAACUGUUUUCAUGACUUGGUUAAUGCACAGCAUAAUUCGCUGCAUAUUCUUUUAGGUUAUGAGACUUUGUUUAAGUUAUGAAGACAAGUGCAACUCGAAGCAGUCGACGGACUGCAAAAAAAAACUGUGUUUUCAGCAAAAUAAUUACAACAUAACAGAAAAGGGGAUACAAUUCAGCAAUUAAAGGAAAUGAAAAAUAAGUACGUCAUUCCUUCUUGUCAAUGGUAAUUGUUUUGUAAUAUAUGUUGCUUAUUAUUCAGGGAAACUACAACUCUGCUUGCGGCAUAACAAACAUGCUUCGCUGUCAGUCAGGAGACAUGAGCAAAAAACACGGAGUAUAUAUGGUGGGCGAAGGUCGACAACUGUACAAUGAUGUUAGCCUGCCAUUGUUUGGCCACAAUUCAGGUGCGAGUCUGUCUGUCGUAACGUAUUUGAUGCCGCUCAACCAAAAAAAGUAAAGGUGUUCAGUGUUGAAACGUAAAAGAUCCAGUCUCCUCUUACAGAAUAAUAAAAAAUAGUCACACUCUAAAAGAGCUCUCUUAGAAAUUCACUCUUAAAAAGCUAUACCUAAUUAGUAUAUUCAACUAGUGGUCUAUUAUCAAUGCUGCGUUCUUAUUGGUUGAGCUACUGCUAGGCCAUAUGUUAAGCCCUUUAGCAGCGAAAAGCGCCGACUUUUUGGCGGCAAAAAAGGAUUAAAGUCUAGCUUUAACUUGCUAAAGUUGUUUUGUCUUGGUUUUUUUUGACCAACUAGUUGGAGUUUACUAAAACAAUUAUUCCUCUCGUCCUCAUGGCCUCUGAUUCGAUAGCCCAUUCGGCCUUCGGCCUCAUAGGCUAUUGACUCAGAGCCCAUUCGGGCUCGAGGAAUAAUUUUUAAAUAAGUGGAUAGAGAUUAAUUCACAACGGUGAAGGAUUGCGGAAUAUCAAAAUAUCAACACGGUGCUGUUAUUGAAAUUUGUAUGAGAAAAAUGAUAGUGAAUAUUAUAUCAAAAAAUGAUAUAAAAGACGAUGGUGGUGAUUGACAUUAUGAGAGUCUUAUGAUAUUUCCGCUUCUCUCUCCGUUAUUAUUAAUCACUUUCUCUCUGGUAGCACACUUGUCAAUACAGUAAACUUGAACAAAGCGAGGGACCACCAACAAAUUGCUAGAGUACGUAAGAUCUGUUACAUCGAGUGAGCCAAAAAAUACUCAAAUCUGGGGUCAGUCUGUUCCACCGAAAUGAGGACAUACAUCUGUCUUACAGUGCUGCCCUGGUCUGUUGAGUUCUUGCAAAGCUGAGGUUUUAACGUGUUAUUAACUUUAAUGCUAUUCGCUUGUUAACAAACUGAGCUGUCUGUAAUAGAAGCUUUUCCACAAGAAGAGGAUCAACUGUGUAGUCAAAUCGAAGAAAAUUUUCAUUGAAUGCCCCUUGAUUUGUCAGGGUUUUCAUCCAAAAACAGUCAAGAUUUGUUUCCAGUUUUCUUCUUCCUUGAUGGGAUUAGAAGUUGCAAUUCAUUUCUGGCAGUUUGCUAUUUAACCCACAAUGAAGGUCAAAAGUGUUAGGACCUUUCCAGUGAUAUUAGUAAAACUAGCGACCCCUCCCCUGCCACCCAAAACAAAGUUGAAUUUUGAGCAAAAUUGGGCGGAAAGGAGUGCUUUUUUUUGGCCACAAGAUUGCUGGGGGAAGUGGGGGGACGACGGGUUGAACCCAAAAAUUGUCAUUAGGAGCAUAGUGCUACGUAGCAAUUACUUGAAAGAGCUUUUUCGCACAGUCCCAAGUUCUUUUGUCCUCCAUUGGAGACUUGUGCCUCUACUAAUCAUAUCCCCUUGCAAGGCUACUUGUUAAAAAAAAGAUCGAUCACUUGUUGUCAUUUGUUUUCUCAGUUGUCGGCCAUGGUAUAGUAUUGCACCGACAAGGUAGCAUUGGUUGUGCGAACAUUGAGGCUGACUCAUCGCUGUUUGUGGAAAAGUCUCUGGAAUUUGUUAAAGCUAGCUCCUUUUCGAAGUGAGUAUAACCUCAUGUAUAAGAAAUUAUUUUUAACUGGGCAUCAUUUUUAGAGAAUUAAGGCGUCUCAAGGUUCGUUAUGGCAUUGAUUUGCUAGUACAGAGAACUCAGCUUGGUUAUGAUUUUCGAUGUUCGUAACUUCUGACUCAACACAACUCUUAAAAAACUUAUGAAUGUCACGUCGACCUUAGGAUCUCUGGAUCCGAGCCUUAUCAGGCUGGGUUUCCUUAGAAAAAACACUUUGUUUCACUUGUCUUUCUUCACCCAGGUGAAUGACCCAGAACCGCAUUAGUUUCCGCCAAUUAUUGUUGUCCAAUAGGCCUUUGGAAGCUAACCCAGAAGCUUAGCUGAAGUUUUUCCUUUCUUUUCAGGGCUCAUUUUGCAAACGUCGUGUCCAAAGCGUUGAAUAUUCCAAAGUGGCGAUUGUUCAACAUUCAUACAGAGAAAGCCGAGAAUGACAAGUGCCAAAUAGCCAAGUUUGGGAUCAUUGGGAAAGGUACGUAUGCCAUUGUAAUGAUGUAAAACUCUCUUUUAUAGAGCUUCCAGCAGUCUGUACUCCUUAGCAUUUCUACCUGACCAUUUCUUAUCAACAAUUAUGAAAAUGGUACGCCUGACUUCCAUCGAGGUGGUUGCAAAAAGCUGAGACCUCAAUUAUUUCAUUUUUCUUUCUUUCCCUUGAAGUUCAAUCCCAUUCACUAACUCUCUCUCUCCUUCCCUCUCUCUCUCUCUCUCUCUAGUCCUUCAAGCUAAGCGUAUAUGAAUUAGCAAAGAUGAAACUGUUUUUUUUAAUUCCUUGUGAAAAAUAGUGAGAAAUAUUUGGUCCGAAAGAAGAAAAAACCCGGGCCAAAGUCUUGCUAACGGCGUCUGUGACUUCUUUGCAAUUGUCUGCCUUUUUCCUCGAUAUGAACAAGAUCAACCUAACGUUGAUAUACAUAUUUCAGUUGGGCAUAAGCCUGUGUUCCAGCCGAUAUUUGCGGUGACGUUAAACUACGUUUGCAAUGCAGGCUCCCCAGGAUUUACAGAAGCUAUAGCUGGCGUUCACAUGACGACAUCAAAAUUCUAAAAUAAAGAAUUAUCUAUCCUCCUGAGUUUUACGUUCAUGAAGUAGUAGAGCAGCUGAAAACUAAUAUUCAUACAAAUUCUCACCUCAAAAGGGCUCUUGGUUUUGUAAUACAGUGCGGUUGAAUUUCUAAGCUUUUGUAUCUGCCUGGACACCAACAUGACGUCUCCAUACAAAACGCAAAACAUUUGGGUAAAUCAUUUCCUCGAAUAUCUCUUAUAUGAAAAAUUGCAGUGGCCUGAAUUUUUGUGAGGAUCUUUGCAUAUUCACUUCCUUUCAUAUCCCAGAUUCGGGACCAAAUCCAUUGAACGGUUUUGAUUUUUUGAUGGCGUGACGGUGAAAGCCAGCACUUUGUCAUCUGCUAUUCCAAUAAUUCCGAUAUGUAGAUAUAGGUGUAUUAAAACCUCUAACCACUGAACUCCGCAUAUCAACGGAAAUUACAGGCAAUCAACUCCACGAGCCUGAGAGAAAAUUUAAGGAGGUUUUAAAUUCCAACCCCGACGCCUUCGACAAGUAUCGUCCGAGCGACGACUGUGGUGAGUUCAAUGAAUUUUUUUUAUCAAGUCAAAAUUAACGAUCCUUUUAUUUGUAACAAGACCCCUUCAAAGCCACUUAUGAAUAGAAAGACACUGGAAUGACUGAAGUUCGGAGGGAAGUUCACGGGGCAGGUAUCCGUUUGGGGAGGUGUCCCUAAAGACAGCCCGAAGUAACUGGGUUUCCUAGUAAUGAUGACCGAAUUAAAGCCACUACAGGUUAAUGAAUGAUGACCUGAUGCGGUUACUGACUUUUACUUUCAUCCUUUUUUACAGCACCCGAAACAAGUGGAGGUCGUCAUAACUCCGUGGACAUCUUUACUCUGGGGACGGUUGUAAUGGCUAUCCUUUAUGCGAGGAAGCUGAAAGUGUUUUGAAUGCAACUUAAUAAGCUUGAUGAGUUCUUUGUCAAUUAUCGCGGUAAAUUUCAUUAAAUGGGCAUGGCGAUUGCACCUAAUAAAACUAAAACCACUGCCUAGAAUUUAGAUGGACAAAUAUUACUGCACAAGCACAAGCGGGAAAAUUCAUGAGCAUAAAUCCUGUAAAUAGAAUUCCUGUAAUUUGCUAAAUAAAACUCCA